AUGAGACCACUCAUCCUGGCCUUCCUUGGCAUCUGCUGUCUCGCCGCGCAUGUUGUAGAAGGUGUGGGCAGCGAAGUCCCAGAUAAGAGUAUCUGUGUGAGUCUAACCACCCAACGACUGCCUGUGAACAGAAUCAAGACCUACACCAUCAAGGAGGGCUCCAUGAAAGCAGUGAUUUUUAUUACCAAACGUGGCCUGAAAGUCUGUGCUGAUCCGCAAGCCAAGUGGGUGAAAGCAGCGGUCAAGAGUGUGGACAGCAAGUCCAAAACCAAAAGUAACCUGCUUCAGACCAAGCCAACAGGAGCCCAACACUCCACAAACACAGCUGUGACCCUGACUGGGUAG